AUGGCUCCAACCUACGCUUUUUCGACGACCGAGGGAUCAGUCCUCUCUGAAGAAUCGUCCUCUAUCGUCGCCGGGUUCCUUGAGUCGCUGAAACGCAACACAACACCUGCAAAUAUGAGGAAACUCUCCCUCCCUCACGCUCAUCCGACAAGAUCAUUGGAAGUGUCCAUGGAAGCUACGAAAGUCCUUGCAGCUCGCGAGAAAGAACCUACAACACCAUUACCUGUCUACGGCCAGGGAGCCGUCGAUCCGCACAGUAUCAACAUGCAGGGUUUAAUGGCCCUAUUUGCACUUCUCGGGGCAGCCUUCGUUAUUGCAUCAAUCUGGUUCUUCUUCUGGGCGAAGAACGGAGGGUUCGUAUGGCGAGAGACUGACUGGGAUGACUACAAAUCCACGGUAUUGCGACGGAAGGGCCCUGACGGCCGUACUCUAUCGAAUGCUACAAGGAGUACCGCCCUAGGCGGUGGAAGUAUUGUUGCAAGGGAAUAUCGCGACUACGACGAUGCAACCACCAAUAUGGAUACGGAAACAGUGGCAACGAGCGAGAAACCAAGAAGAAAGGGGCUUAGAGCCAUGGCAAAGGAAAAACUGUUGCGUCGACAGAGAGAGGAAACAUGGGAAGGCGGACAUGAUAAUGAUAUGCGAGCAUACCGUCACGAGAAGCCAGCGGAAGUUGGUGGGAUGAACCGCGAAGCAGACGGAACAUAUCAUGGCUCCGACUUCACCGUUACAAACACGAACACACACACAAACACACACGAAGACCGAAGUGAAUGGACUCAGAGUGAAGCCGGGUAUACACAGACAAAUGCUUACGAUGAAAAAACCGAGUGGACUCAGAGCGAAGCGGGGUAUACACAGACAAAUACAUACGAUGAGAAGACCGAGUGGACUCAGAGCCAGGCUGGGCAGACGAAUCAAUACGAGGAAAUGGAUAUCUCGCGAGGCAGAAAUGUAUCAGGCUUCUCCUUCGUUGCAGGAGCUGAUGAUGCGGCCACUCAGAUAACGGAGGAACAGAAGCCUCUUCGUGAACCGUCGCCACCGCGUCGGCACCGCGACGAGGAACGCCGGUCUGAGGUUAGCCGGUCUGAGGCCACUCAAUCUGAUACUGAGCGUCGCUCCCACCGAGCUCGAAAGUCCCAACGUCCCCGCGGUCCCCGAUCAAGCGCCAACAAUUCUCGACAAUCUAGUCCUCGUAAACGCCCUUCAAUGCCUGGUGGAUAUACUGAGCCACUCAAUAUGUCUGAGUACUCAUAUCAACAUAUUGAUGGCUCCGACAUUGGAACUGGCAACAUGAGUUACCACCAGCCUAUCCCCGCACUAAGCAAAGGGUACCGCCGUACUGGUCGUGGAAGGCGCAGAGAUAGUUUGAGCGAUAGUGAUGGAGAGGAUUAUGAGAGUCGUCGGUCAUGA